AUGAGAAAGUCAAUGAGAAAGUCAAUGAAAAUUUUAUACCUUCUGCCACUCCUCAUCCAUGAGGCGAGGUCAAGUUUCUUAAGAACAAGAAGCGACAACAAUGGUGCCUCACUGAAACGAUCUCGCAGUGGAUCUUCCAUCACCCCGUCGAUCCGUCGAGUUUCGCCCCAGCGCAAACUACAAGACAAAUUCGAUUACUAUGAAUGCAGUCCCAACAUUGUACAGUACCAGUCUGUUGUUUUUAUUGAGUUUAACAACGACCUUACCAAUCUGACCGACAGUGCACGCCAAGCACUGGAAGAUGGCUUCAAAGAAACCUUCAAUUCCCUGGUAAAUUCAUUUUGUGAUGUAUCCUACCAUCGAUCAGUGGUAUCGGCUACACUUGAAUGGCCACCGAGGCGGCGAUUAAGUGAGGCUAAUCCACUCUUGAAUCAGAUUAACUCUUUCGGUGGAUUACCAAACAACAAUGGCAACACAACUUUUGUCAACGACAAAAAUGACACCCUCUACGACCACCAAAUAGUCAGUGCGGAUGGAACACUUUUAAAUGAAAAGCCUCAGGCAGUGGUUACUGAUGUUGCCAGAUUCUUUAUUUCUGUCCAAUGUCACGACUGUCCCUCCAAUGCAUCCUUGUUCACACUUCCCAACGGCACUUCUUCCCUCACAAUCAGCUCCAAUACUCUGGCAUCGAUUACCCAAUCGCGAACUGGGGCCCAGAGCCCCAAUUCAUGUACUUGCUUGGCCGAGUCUGAAAGUGGUAUCGAUGCUCCUUUCCGCGCCCCAACAGCAGCGGAAUUCCAAGCUGCCUUCAACGAGACUGUGGGAUCACUAAAUGUGGAGGGGGUACUGCAGGAACUGGACGUCGUGGAGGACUUGGUUGAAGUCGACGUUGUCAACUGCAGUUCCAAUGUACAGCAGUUCUCAAGCAAUGUGAUUGCAAACCUAGAAGGUGACAUUGGACUCCUGACACCCCAAGAAAGAUCGGCUCUCGAACUCGGUUUCAAGGACACCUACAACAGACUCACUUUCACCCGUUGUGAUAGGUACUUUCGUCAGAUCUUGGAAGUUCAGCUCAUAUCCACAGAAGACCGGAGACGCUUGUUGGGGGCAGUGGAGUCAAAUGCAACGGUUUAUUCCAAUGCAACCAACUCUUCCCUCGUCUUCUACAACGAAACUGAGCCCCCAGCCAACCGAGUUGUUCCAGCAGUGUACCGUGUCUUUGGAGAGUGUCGAGGUUGUCCAGUCAGUAGGACAGGAUCCUUCAGCCUGUUUGACGAUGUCUCGUUGCGAAGAUCCUUGGAAGAGGCAGCAACAGCUAUGUUCGCACCUCCACCUGCAGCGAGGUAUGGGCGAGACCUGUUAGGCGAGCCAGACGAUGUGUGUCUCUGUCCACCAAACUCUCAACCAACUGACCCGCAAGCACCUUCGGACAAAGAAUUCGAACAAGAGUACAGCGCCACGGUAGAACAGCUGCAAGAUGAAGGAGUUGUUGUCAACGUCGGGAGCGUUGAUAAUGUACAGACCGAUAAUGAAGUCUGUAGCCGAAGUCUGGAACAGGAAACUGGCUACUACAUCGUGAAAUUCGCGGGAGAACUGAAGGACGGGCCCAGUUUGGGGAGGAAACUCGAGGAGGCUUUUCGUGCAGCAUACCGGUCUCUUGGUCGAGAUGUGUGUGGCCCCCUCUUGUCCGACGUCGACGUCGUGGAAGAAAACAGAGAUUCAAAUGAGAUUGUUUUUGAGGUUGAAUCCUUGCAAACCUUUGCAGGCAGCAUCUUCCUCAAUAGUCAAGAAGAGUCCAUAUUUGUGGAAAGUCUUAAUGAAAACUUGUCGGACGAAAGAAUCAAUUCCCAAGCAGAGGGAAUUAAGCUUGGUUCCAAACCAACUAGUCCUCCAACGCCAAGUCCAACCGCAGCACCUUCACGAGCUCCAAUUCCAGCCACAAAUGGCACCACUGUGCCCCAGCCCACAGUUCCCACAGCAGUUCCUCCAGCAAACAGCACCCUUGCGCCCCAGCCGGUACAACCGACGGCGCCACCGACUUCGCCACCGACAAAUGCAACUGAAGAGAAAGGAGGAGAGGGCUCUCAGCCACCUAGUACAAAGGCCCCUGUGACACCUGUGCCCACACAGAGGUCGUCUCCAACAACAGCACCGUCUGAGCCCAUAGCCCCAACUGUCCCUCCCACCACUAGACCACCUGCCACAAUGAGACCCACGCAGCCACCAACCGAGUUUCCAACUCCAGUGCCUACACCCGAACCAACAAAACAACCCACUCCAGAACCAACACGCGAACCAACAGAAAUUUCCACGGACGCUCCAACUGCGGAACCAACUGCUCGCCCGACAGAGGACCCGACUGCUCGUCCAACUGCAGAACCGACUUCGGAACCAACUUCGGAACCAACUGCUAGUCCAACUGAGGAGCCAACCAAGACAGUGGAGCCAACCAUGAGCCCAACGGAGGCUGUAGGCAUACCGGUACUCCCACCACCAACGGGCUCAAACCCCGGUAUACUCCCACCUCCAACGGGCUCAAACCCUGGUAUUCUCCCAGAAACGGGUCCACCCACCACCGCUGCACCAACUACAGACUCACCAAGUGCCAGCCCCACCACAUGGAUAGACAACGUGGAUAACACCGUCUCUACGGUAAUUGACGAUGUCAGGGGAAAACUAGAAGUGAUAGUCGGACACGCCUUGCCAGUGAUAGAGGACGUGACAGAGUUCUUGGAUGAGGUUGACGGUGAGCUCGGGGCAAUCUUUGACUCAGUCAUUCCAGACGUACCGGACCUUUCAGAUUUGUUGGAGGAUGUCUCGCAUAUGUUAGACGAACUUCCUGCCAUCCCCGGGGUGCCAGACAUGCCCCAAACGAGAGAAAGCAUUCAAGAGACAAUCCGAGGAAUCCUUGGCAUUCUUCGAGGCGAACCAACAACUUCCAGCCCUACGACGGCUCCCACGAUGGAUGGGACACUCACAGCGGGACCUGCGCCAACAGCAGCCCCCCCGAUGGCGCCCACGACACUGCCCUCACCGGAUGAGCCCACAGCAUCCCCCUCCCCAGUGCAGCUACCGGUGGUCACGACUCCACCUCAGACGCAGCAGCCAGUAUCAGCACCCCCUUCUCCGCAACCAACCAAGUCACCGACGAAGGCGAAAGGAUGCAAGGGAGGCAAAGACUCAGGCACCUCAAGGGUGACAAGAACGGAAAAGGACCCAAAGGUUCUUCAUCAGAUACUUCGGAUGAUGACGUAG